GCGGAGGGCGGACGGGGGCGGGCAACGACGCCGCCGCCGUCUCCGCCGCCGCGCUCCCAGGCGGCUCGGCAGGGCCCGGUACGGCCGAGCAGGGAGCCAACCGCCAGGUCCAGCGUAAAAAGAUGUAUUCACUAGGAAAAGUUAAUAAAAAAAAAGACCAAGAGAAGCCACAUUGGAAACAGUAUUUGCAAUUAAGGACAAAAUUUGGUCUCUAUAAGGAGGAGAGAGUCUACCUUAAGAGAAUACCAUUAACAACCUCCUGUGAGAAACCAGAUGAGAGGGUGAGCUCCAGUAACAGCUUGGAAAAGAAAAAUGAUUCUUGCACUUCCUCCUCGUUAGAUGUGACAAUAACAGACCGACAUCGGGAAUGUAUUAAAGAGGAAAAGGUUAUUUUGGAUCUAGAAGAGGGUUUAUCUAAGAAAAGAAAAACAAAAUCUUCACUGCCAGACAGUGGAAAGAGAAGGAGAGCAUCAGUCAAGUCAGCCACGAGCUCGAGUUCAGAAUGCAGUGGCCUAAGUUCUAUCACACUAAACAGAAGUGUUUCUCCUCCACCUGCCUUAUUGCAGCAAAGCAUUUCCACAGACUUUGUAUCCUCAACAGACGCUGAGCCAGAGCCGUGCUCCCAAAACAGCGAUGUUACAGACUCAGAUAUUCCAGUGUUAGUGUCCUGUGAAGACCACGCUUCACUUUUUGAAGGCUCUUUCAGAGAUGAUGCUUUCCCUUUGACUCCCCCAGACCUGGAUGAAACGAUCCGGGACGAGAAGAUAAAACGACUCAAGCAGCUCUUGAGAGAGCGGGAAGCAGCACUUGAGGAAAUGCGUAAAAAAAAUGCAGCAAAUCUGAAAUACUGAAGGUGGUGGUGGUCUGAACUGUAUUCAUCUUCAUCUCAGUGACUUGAAGAAGAAAUUUUGCGUUCGAAUGAAGGUGAAUAUUUCUGGAAAAAGGAGGACCUUGAGGAAAUUUAUAAUGUGUAUUUAUAAAAAUAAUUUUCCUACUAAAGACUAGAAAUAAAAGACUUGGACCACCAGAUUGUGCUUCUGGGACAUGUAUGCGUAUCAGAAUACAGAAGAGAGUGUUUUUACUAUUUUUAGCAUAUCCUCUGUAUUUUGCAUUAAAGGGGUUUCUCUACUAGUCUUAGAAAAUAAACUUCCCCAGUUUGGAAAUUUGUAGCCCAUCUGUUAGAGACAGAGUGCAAAUAGCACCCUCCCCCCUUGUAAAUGUAUAUUUUUUUUGUUUUCUUAAUAUUUUAUACUGCAUGACAGCUUUUGUGAAUUACUAGGAACUGUCACUUGUCAAAAAAGGUCCAUGGUCAGUGUUUAAUAAAUGCUAUUUAAGAGGUUUGGGGAUUAGUCUUCAGGCAGUAAUGAUGCUGAUAUCCAGAGGAACCAGUACUAACAGCUGCUGAAGUGUACCAGUAAAGUUAUUUCGGUACGUGUUUCCUGCCGUUAUUGUUGUAAGCCUUUAUAAGGCCUUUGACAGAUGUGCAAUGUUGAAGUUUGGUUGUAGAAUUAUUUGGUUGUUGGGUAGGGUGGGUUGUUUGUUUUACUUUAAUGAGUUAAACUGAAUCAUUCCUUAUUUAAGCAAAAAAGAUACAUUUCUUUGUCUGCGAGUGGUAUCUUUAAGAAUUCCUGAUGAAUGUCUCUUCCGUUAACUCGUUCAGUCUUUAUUUCAAUGUCUCCUUCGUUUGAUGCUGCCUACGUUUUGCAUUGUAGAAGAGAAAGAGCACCAAAGCUGUCUUUGCCAUCAUGAUUUUUUAUAGCUCUUCAGAGUGUUUCCCCAGCAUGUGAUGUCAUGUGGUAUGGAGGCCUUCUGCUCCUCUCUGUUGUCCAUGUCACAGGAUGAGCUAGGUUGGAAGAGACUUUCGAGAUGAUCACGUCCAACCAUCAGCUGACCAGGUCCCAUCGCUGACCCAUGUCCCUUUGUGCCACAUUAAAUGUUGUCACAUCACUGAA